UCUAUCCUACCCGUUGUCUCAGUACAAACAUUUCGCUACACCCGCAAUAACAUCUGCUAAAUAUGUGUAUGCGACUAAUACAAUUUUAUUUUAUUUUGAUUUGAAGUAGGCUUUGGUGUGAAGUCGACUCGACCGAGUGCGAAAGUGCGUAUGCUCCAGCACUAGCGUGCGUGGGAAACUUCAUUGGGGACGUCACGGUGUAUACGGACACAUGUCUACCGGAUUUCUAUCACUGUUCUGGGAAAAAAAGCCAUUCUGAAGAAAAUAUAUUUUUUGCAGUGUUUUCACUGGACAUCUAGCCUACCUCAACUCAGUUUGAAAGGACAUAAUACGUUUAUAAACGCUCCAAACAGGAUGACUAAGGUGAUUAACACACAGGAACCUGUGAUGGAGGACUUCAGUGUAGCUGGAGCUGUGUCAGGGGAUCAGGGCAGAUCAUUUCAGAUUUUCCCAGAUACCCAUGAGCGGAAUCCCAAGCUGUCCAAGAGACUUCCCUCUAUUGUGGUGGAGCCCUCUGAUGGGGGCAAUGUGGAGAGUGGGGAACUCCGCUGGCCCCCUAAGGAUCCCAACUCUGCUGAGGUCCCAAGUGGGAUACAGCCCUACAAACACACAACUCUUCAGCCCACACAGGACCAGACUGCAGAUGAAGAUCUGAAUCUUGGGGUGCAGGACAGCAGUGAAGUGGUGACUGAGAAGAUCAUCCAUCCACCUCCACAGCUGCUCUCGCUGUGAAUGAGUCCAGAGUAAGAUAGAUAGGCAGGGGCAUGGAAGAGAGGGUAGGAGGUACUUGGAGGGUCGUAACCCUUACCUGCACACUGCCAGAACACCUAUGAUUUAAUUUGGAUGUUUAAGCUGGACAGCGAUCUGUAAAGCUGUCUUAAAUAUCUUGCUCACAUUUGCCAUACUACUGGUGGUAGCUACUUUCUGCAGUUUUCAUAUACAUGCAAACUAGAUCACAGCUACGCAGCACUCUCAAAGCUGCAAUAUGUAACUUUUGGGGCGAAACGACCAAAUUCACAUAGAAAUUUGAGUUUUAUAUAUGUGAGUUUUAUAGUUUAUUGUCAUUCUCAUUGGAAGCAAGUCUAAGAAGUGGUAGA